AUGGAAUAUGUUACGGAUGUUCUUAAUUGUUGUGGAUUUCAAGCUGAUAUUGGAUUGAGAGUUCUAAUUGAUAAAUCACUUAUAUGCAUUCAGGAAGAUAUUUGUUAUGUAGACAUGCAUGAUUUGUUGGUUGAGUUGGGCAGAGAAAUAAUUCAAGAAAAAUCAAGAAAGUGGAGCAGGGUUUGGCUUCAUGAACAGUUCUACAAUGUUAAGUUGGAGAAUAUGGAAAAGAAGGUUGAAGCCAUUUGUCAUAAUGGAGAAAUAGAUUCAAUGAUCAUGGCCGAAACGUUGUCGAAAAUGAGCCAUCUAAGAUUGCUCAUAAUGAAGGGUGUUAAUAUUAUAGGAAACCUGAGUUGCCUUUCUAACGAGUUAAGAUACAUGCAAUGGGAUAGAUAUCCUUUCAAGUAUUUGCCACCAAGUUUUCAGCCCAAUCAACUUGUUCAAUUGAUCUUGAGGUAUAGCAGCAUCAAACAACUAUGGAAAGACAAGAAGUAUUUUCCCCAUUUGAGACUUUUGGAUCUGAGUCACUCAAAACAUCUAAAAAAGAUGCCAGAUUUUAGAGGUAUCCCAAAUCUUGAGGGAUUAAGUUUUGAAGGAUGUGUAAAGUUGGUGCAGAUGGAUCCUUCUAUUGGGAUUCUAAAAAAGCUUGUUUUCUUGAAUUUGAAAGAUUGUGAAAAUCUAGCAAGCAUACUACAAAACAUCUUUGGUCUCAGCUCUCUUGAAUAUGUAAACCUUUCUGGGUGUCCCAAUAUGUUUAAGAAUCAAAGACUUUUCAAUAUAAGUGGAAAUGCAUCACAUUCCCAAUCCACAAUGUCCUCCAUUUUGAAAUGGCCAACAUUUUGUUACCAUUCCUUGUACUUGCGCGCUCACAAAGAUUUAGGUAGUUGUUUGUUGCCAUUCUUCCCUGGAAUCUCUAGCUUAGUUGAACUUGAUAUUAGUUUUUCUGGUCUAAGCCACCUCCCAGAAGCAAUUGGAUGUUUAAGUUGGCUAGAAGAUCUAAAUUUAGGAGGAAACAAUUUUGUAACAUUGCCCAAUCUGAAGGAGCUUUCCAGACUUGUAUAUUUAAACUUGGAGCAUUGCAAGGUCUUGGAAUCUCUGCCUGAACUUCCUUUUCCUACUGCAAUCAAUUGCGGCCUUCGCAAGAACAAACAUAAGAUCAGAAAAGGAUUAGUGAUUUUCAAUUGUCCUAAAUUGAGUGAGAGGGAAGUUGGCGGUAUUAUCAAUUUUUCAUGGAUGACACAGUUUAUUCAGGUAAACCAAGUAUUCACUUCAAUCUAUGAUCAGAUUUGGUUUGUAGUUCCAGGAAGUGAAAUACCAAGUCGGUGCAACAAUCAGAGAGAGGGUUAUUCAAUAAGAAUAGAUCUAUCUCCCAUUAUGCCUGGCAAUGACAAUAAUAUCAGUGGCAUUGUUUGUUGUGCAGUAUUUUCUGCAGCACCUGUGGACCCAAGAGCUUUCCAUAACAACAAAAGGUCUCAACGAAUAUCUGGAAUACGACUACUUAUUUGUAUGAAUAAAAAUAGAACUUGGCCGUGUGGGGCCAUCCCAGUAAUUCUUCAAACUGAUCUUAUUGAGAUCAAAUCAGAUCACAUGUGCCUAAUCUAUUUCCCUCUGAAAUCAAUCUUUUAUUUUCUGGAUUAUGAAUACGAAACUGUCAACCAUCUUGAUCAUUGUAAGUUGUAUUUUGAAAUUCUUUGUAAACAAGAUAUAGGAUCAAUUCAUAUGGUUUGGGAUGUUCAGAAGUGCGGGUAUCAUUGGGUAUGUAAACAAGAUCAUGAGUCGCUGCCAAAACUCCUUAGCUCGGAAGUGCAAGUUUUUGGCAAUUGA